AUGGUCGCUCAUACGGAGCAGAAGUACGACUUUGGCGGGCCGCUAGGCGCUACUGCCAUUACAUUUGGGCUUCCUGUUCUUCUCAACGUCUUUGCAUUUGGCUGUAAUGAUGUGGCCGGCUGCCCGAUACCGUCCCUCCUGCACCCUAGCACUUUUUCUUGGGACCAGUUCAAGUUGGAGACCGGAUGGCCAAAGGGUGGCAUCUGGGACCUCUUUAGCUUGAAAGUCACCGGUGUCAUGCUGUGCUACUACCUCGUGAGUAUGAUUCUCUGGAGGAUUCUUCCCGCGCAAGAAACCCAGGGCACGAAACUGGUACAUCAUGGCCGGCCGUUAAAUUAUCGAUUCAACGCGUUCAUCUCCAGCAUUGUUCAUCUAGUCUUCUGUGCUGUUGGAACGCACUUUCAGGGAGCCGAUUUCUUCGUCUGGACGUAUAUCACAGACAACUAUAUCCAGUUGUUGAUAGCCAACAUUGUGAUAGCUUAUGCGAUCUCUAUCUUCGUAUAUGCCAACAGCUUCACCGUGAACACAAACUAUCCUAACAGCGAGCUCCGCGAAUUAGCCAUACGGGGCAACACAGGCAACACAAUCUACGAUUUCUAUAUCGGUCGUGAGCUGAACCCGCGAGUCACACUUCCAAUCUUUGGGGAAGUCGAUCUCAAGACCUGGUUAGAAAUGCGUCCUGGUCUAACUGGCUGGAUCCUACUCGAUCUCGCGUUUGCUGCAAAGCAGUACCGCACCUACGGCUACCUCUCCGAUAGCAUGAUAUUUACUGCUUUCGUGCAAGCAUUUUACGCGCUGGAUGGGCAACGCAAGGAGUCCAACAUCCUAACCAUGAUGGACACUACUACCGACGGCCUGGGAUUCAUGCUCACCUUCGGCGACAUUGUUUGGGUACCUUUCCUCUACUCGACUCAGUGCCGCUACCUGUCCGUCUACCCCGUACACCUCGGAUGGGUGGGCGUCGCGAUCGUGAGCGCCGUGUUUUCUCUAGGACUGUACAUAUUCCGAGCAUCAAACACGCAAAAGGACGUUUUCCGUACACGGCCCGACGAUCCAAGCGUGGCAGGGCUGUCGUACAUACAAACCAAGCGUGGAACGAGACUGCUCACGGCAGGAUGGUGGGGGACGUCUCGCCAUAUCAACUACUUUGGUGACUGGCUACAGGCAUCGCCCUUUAGUUGGCCUACCGGUCUAGCUGGCUAUAUGAUCGUUCCAGCCGGGAGUGUUGCCGCUGCGUCUCAUACCUUCACGAUGCUUGAUGGUCGGGAAGUAGUGCAAGGCGAGGCUAAGGGCUGGGGAAUGAUCUUUACAUACUUCUAUGUGCUGUACUUUGCCGUUUUGCUGAUGCACCGCGAGCGCAGAGACGACGGAGCGUGUUUGAAGAAGUAUGGCGAGGACUGGAAAAGGUACAGGGAAAUAGUCAAGUGGAGGAUCCUGCCUUGGGUGUACUAG